UUCAUUCUCAACACAAAGGAAACUCUCACUGACUUGACAUGUUCUGGUUUUGAAUUCAGGCUGCAAGGUAAGAAUCCUACCAGGGAUUAUUCAUGUAGGAUGUUGGUAGAAAGUUGAAGAUACAGAGCCACUUGUCAUCAGAAAGGUACUCUCUCAGCAGAACCGAAAAUAUUUCAAUGACUUGACAUGUUCUGGUUGUGAAUUCAGGCUACAAGGGGUCAUUGCUCGAAAAUGAGUCUCUCUGGGGAGAGAGAGGAGGGCAGCCAAUUCUCUAAAAUGAGUCUCUCUGGGGAACAUGACACCAAAGCUAAGAGGGGUCAGUGCUCUAAAAUGAGUCUCUCUGGGGAGAGAGAGGAGGGGGGCCCUGCCUCUAAAAUGAGUCUCUCUGGGGAGAGAGAGGAGGGGGGCCCUGCCUCUAAAAUUCAUCUCUCUGAGGGACAUGACACCAAAGCUAAGAGCCCAAUCAAGCAGGAGAGACCAGCCUCCCCUGUUCCCAGCUGUGUGUCCAUGAAGAGUGACCGGUCUAUGAAUCAACCUAUAGAGUUUAGAGAGGGAGACUUUUCUACUGAACAAAGGUUUAAGGGCAACGUAGCACGUCUGGUGAACAGGGCAGAGUCCCAUAUCAUCAGGCAAACCAGUAGAAACUGGAUCAGCAGCACAACAAGACCAAUCAAGCAGGAGAGACCAGCCUCCCCUGUUCCCAGCUGUGUGUCCGUGAAGAGUGACGGGUCUAUGGAUCAACCUUUACAGUUUAGAGAGGGAGACUUUUCUACUGAACAAAGAAACCAACAGGAGAGAUCAGGGUCAGAGAUUCUCAGUUGUCAGUCUUCCCAGAGUCAUCAAACAGACCUGGCCUCCAUAUUCAGUUUGCUUGAAGAGAAAAUUAUGACAUUUGUGAAGAACGAGCUGAAGAUGUUCAAGAGGAUUCUUAGUCCAGAACUCCCACAAGGCUUUGAGAGUCAGAAACGGGAUAAGGAAGUGGUGGAUGCUGAAGAUGAGAAGCAGGAGAGCAGUGCCAGAGAGGGGGCUCUGAAGAUCACACUGCACAUCCUGAGGAAAAUGAACCAGAAGGAGCUUGCUGACACACUGGAGAAAUAUGAGCUCGCUGUGAUUUGCCAACGUGAACUCAAAUCUAAUCUAAAGAAGAAGUUUCAAUGUGUAUUUGAGGGGAUCGCUAAACAAGGAAACCCAACACUUCUCAAUAAGAUCUACACAGAGCUCUACAUCACAGAGGGUGGAACAGGAGAGGUCAAUAAUGAACAUGAGCUGAGACAGAUUGAGACAACAACCAGGAAACAAGCAAGACCAGAGACUGCAAUCAAAUGUAACGACAUCUUCAAACCCUUAACUGGACAAGACAAACUUAUCAGAACUGUGCUGACAAAGGGAGUCGCUGGCAUUGGAAAAACAGUCUCUGUGCAGAAGUUCAUUCUGGACUGGGCUGAAGGAAAAGCAAACCAGGAUGUCCAAUUUGUAUUUUCAUUCCCUUUUCGGGAGCUGAAUUUGAUGAAAGAGGACAAACACACUUUCAUUGAACUUCUUAAUCACUUCUCAAUGGAAACCAAACAAUCAAGAAUCUCCAACUACGACAAGUACAAAGUUCUGUUCAUCUUUGAUGGUCUGGAUGAGUGCCGACUGCCCCUAGACUUCCAGAAGAACAAGAUCUGUUGGGACGUCACAGAGUCAACCUCAGUGGAUGUUCUGCUGACAAAUCUCAUCAGGGGAAAUCUGCUUCCCUCUGCUCUCCUCUGGAUAACUACCCGACCUGCAGCAGCCAAUAAGAUCCCUUCAUGGUGUGUUGACCAGGUAACAGAAGUACGAGGGUUCAAUGACCCACAGAAGGAGGAGUACUUCAGGAAGAGAUUCAGUGAUGAGGACCUGGCCAGCAGAAUCAUCUCACACAUAAAGACAUCAAGGAGCCUCCACAUCAUGUGCCACAUUCCAGUCUUCUGUUGGAUUUCUGCUAUAGUCCUUGAACACAUGUUGAAACAUAAGAGAGAAGAGAUGCCCAAGACUCUGACUGAGAUGUACACACACCUUGUGGAGUUUCAUACCAAACAGAAGAAUGAAAAGUAUCUUGAGAAAGAAGAGACAGGUCCACACUGGAAUAAAGAGAGCAUUCUGUCACUGGGAAAACUGGCUUUUCAACAGCUUGUGAAAGGCAAUCUGAUUUUCUAUGAAGAAGACCUGAAAGAGUCUGGCAUUGAUGUUAAUGAAGCCUCAGUGUACUCAGGAUUGUGCACACAGCUCUUUAAAGAGGAAUGUGGGCUGUACCAGGACAAGGUGUACUGCUUUGUUCAUCUGAGCAUUCAGGAGUUUCUGGCUGCUGUAUAUGUGUUCCUCUCAUUCAUCAACAACAAUGAGAAUCUAAUGGAUGAACUGCAAACAAACGACGAGCCUGAAGUUACUUUCUAUAAGAGUGCUGUGGAUAAAGCCUUACAAAGUGAGAUGGGAAACCUGGACCUUUUCCUCCGCUUCCUUCUGGGCCUCUCACUGGAGUCCAAUCAGAAACACUUACGAGGUCUACUGACAAAGCCAAGAAGCAACUCACAGAGCCAUGAAGAAACAGUCGAGUACAUCAAGGAGAAGAUCGGGGAGGAUCUCUCUCCAGAGAGGAGCAUCAAUCUGUUCCACUGUCUGAAUGAACUGAAUGACCAUUCUCUAGUGGAGGAGAUCCAACGCUUCCUGAACUCAGGAAGUCUCUCAAAACCCAAACUGUCACCUGCACAGUGGUCAGCUCUGGUCUUUGUGUUGCUGACUUCAGAAAAGGAGCUGGAUGUGUUUGACCUGAAGAAAUACUCCAGAUCAGAGGAAGGUCUUCUGAGGCUGCUGCCAGUGGUCAAAGCCUCCAGAGCUGCUCUGCUGUCAGGCUGUGGAGUCACAGAGGAAGGCUGUGCUUCUCUGGUCUCAGCUCUGGAGUCAAACCCCUCACACCUGAGAGAGCUGGAUCUGAGUAACAAUGACCUGAAGGAUUCAGGAGUGAAGCUGCUCUCUGCUGGACUGGGGAAUCCCCACUGUAAACUGGAGACUCUGAGGCUGUCAGGCUGUCUAGUCACAGAGGAAGGCUGUGCUUCUCUGGUCUCAGCUCUGAGGUCAAACCCCUCACACCUGAGAGAGCUGGACCUGAGCUACAAUCACCCAGGAGACUCAGGAGUCAGACUGCUCUCUGCUGGACUGGAGGAUCCACACUGCAGACUGGAGAAACUCAAUGUGGAACAUGGUGGAGAGAACAGAAUGAAACCUGGACUUAGAAAAUAUGUCUGUGAUCUCACACUGGACCCAAACACAGUAAACAGACACCUCUCUCUGUCUGAGGAGAACAGAAAGGUGACAUGUAGGAGAGAGAAGCAGCCGUAUCCUGAUCACCCAGAGAGAUUUGAGGACUGGGGACAGGUGCUGUGUAGAGAGGGUCUGACUGGGCGCUGUUACUGGGAGGUAGAGUGGAGUGGGAGAGGGGCUGAUAUAGGAGUGGCAUAUAAAGGAAUCAGCAGGAGAGGAAGGUUUAAUGACUGUUGUCUUGGACACAAUGACAAGUCCUGGAGUCUGACCUGCUAUGACAACAAUUACACUGCCUGGCACAAUAAUAAUCCCACUACCAUAGACGUCCCUCCUAGACCCCACAGAGUAGGAGUGUAUCUGGACUGGCCAGCCGGCACUCUGUCCUUCUAUAGAGCCUCCUCUGACACACUGACCCACCUGUUCACAUUCACCUCCACAUUCACUGAGCCCCUCUAUCCAGGGUUUAGGGUUUGGGAUAAUGACUCCUCCUCAGUGUCCCUGUGUCAGGUGGUUCCUGUGUCAAACACAACAUGAUCUUUCACUCUAAUCAUGGGUUUUAUGUUUGAUCAGAAUAUGACCCUUAAAUACAUAGAGUAACAAACACCAAUUUGGGUUUAUUCCUUUAAAUAGUAACUCUGUGUCUGUCUCUUUCUGUGAUCCUGAGAGAAUGGUUCAGACGCACCACACACACACUUGACACACAGACACACAGACACACACACACAUGGAACAUUUUAGUUGUAUGUGUCCACAUAACUGAGUAUGUGACUGACCUUGUGAAACUGUUAUAAUGUCCUGUUCUUGGGAGUAAAAUCCUGUGUUGUCAACCAGCUCUCCGACUCACAAAAUAACUUGAACCCGACAAUAAAAAAGAAGGAAAACAGA